CGCUCAUCUGAUGUUUUUUUUCGCUUCUGUCGUUUGUUGACUUCUCUCUCUUUCUUUGCCGCGCUCUUUGCCGUUCCCCUACGUACGCUGCGGCAGACGGUUUCGAAUAGCUACCACACCACAUUCAUUGCUGUAUUGCGGAUAUUGUUCCGCCGCAACCUUUGGACACGCGGAAUUGGAAUUUUGCACACUUCCGAAACGAUGGCGUUGUUCUGGGUGCUUUUGUCGCCUGCGCUCGUCGCAGCCAUCUUGGUAGUCCACAGCGGCGUCUCCUUGGCCCGCAAUUAUCUUGUCGCGCGUCGGAUCGGCCUGCCGGUUCGCGUCAUCCCCAUCGACCACACCAAUCCCUUGUGGUUGGCUGUGGAUCGGAAAGUGCUCUCCUACGUGAGAAAACUCCCAGGCUUUCUAGGCGACAACAGCUUUACGCGCUACAACUUCCGGACAUGGGAAAUGUACGAUCGGCUGCGGCCGCACCAAGAGAUGGGCGACGCGUUUGUCAUCGUCACGCCUGCCAGGAUCUGGUUCUACCUGGCUAGCCCCGAUGGUCUGAUGGAUUGCUUCCGCCGCCGAGCCGAUUUUCCCAGGUGUGUGGAGAUGACUGAGAUUCUCAACGUCUUUGGCAAAAACCUGAGUACCGUCGAAGGCCAAGAGUGGAAGACACAGCGCAAGGUCAUCGCGACAUGCUUCAAUGAGCAUAAUCACGAGGUCGUCUGGUCCGAGGCACUGUCGCUUGCCCGCGACAUGCUUGCCUACUGGUCCCGGCAGCAGUCCGUGACGACAUCUGCCGAAGACCUCCGCACUCUCUCCUUGCACGUGCUUUCGGGGGCUGGCUUUGGAAAGUCCUACAAGUUCGAGGGCCACACGGAAAGGUCCGAUACCAGCGCGUCGGCCAACUACAAGAGCUCACUCCAGAUGAUCCUCGAGAACUGCGUCCUCAUCCUGGCGUUGGGUCCCUCCUUCUUGGCUAAAGCAAGACCGUGGCUUCCCAGCAAUUGGAAACUGGCAAAGCUGGCCGACACAUGCGCUGCCUUCCAGCGGUACAUGACGGCCCAGUACGAGGAGGAGAAGCGCGCAACGUUGGCGCCGGAAAAGAAAGGAGGGGCGAAGACGCUCAUGAGCUCUCUGGUCAGUGCUUCGCAAGCCGAGGCCCGCACCGGCACCGGCCUCAGCGAGAGCGAGAUAUACGGCAACAUGUUUAUGCUGAACUUCGCCGGCCACGACACCACCGCCCACACCUUCACCUUUGCCAUUCACUUCAUCGCCGCAAACCCCGAUGUGCAAGACUGGCUUUCGGAAGAGAUUCGCGCCGUCCUCGGGGACGACCCGGCCGACUGGAAGUAUGCCAGUUUCCCCCGUCUGAAGCGCUGCAUGGCCAUCCUGCUGGAGACGCUCCGUCUCUACACGGUGGUUCCCGUGUCGAAAUGGGUGGGAGACCAGCACGUAUCGCUCCAGGUGGGCGGGAAAACAAUCGUGCUGCCGCCCAAGACCAUGUUCAUCCCCAGCUACGCGGCCGUGCAGACCGAUCCCAAAUACUGGGGGCCCGACGCGCUCGAAUGGCGGCCGUCGCGCUGGGUCCAGGAAGGGGGCAAGCCGGGAGAUGAAGAGCUCGUCGGCUUCGAGAGGGGCACCUUUCUCGGAUGGUCCGAGGGGGCGCGUGACUGCCCGGGCAAGAAGUUCUCCCAGAUCGAGUUCGUAGCCACCAUGGCCGCGCUGUUUCGCGACUGGCGUGUCGACCCGGCGCCUGUCCACGACGGCGAGAGCCGGGAGGAGGCGCAGAAGAGGGUUCUAGACCUGAUCGAGCACGACUCGGCGCCCGUGCUCUUGCUGCAGAUGCUACAUCCCGAGAAGGCACCAUUGGUUUGGAAAAAGAGGUGAAUGCGGCAUGGCGGCCCGGGGAGCGGCGUAAAUCCGUGAUGGGAUGGUACAGCCGUGGCUGCGCCAUUCUGUGGUGGGGGUCGCGGGCGUCGGUGAAGGUCACGGUGGGAUCUUACCCCCUGCUCGCUCGUCUGAUGUCGUUCGGCCCGUUAGUUCGGUAUUUGAUGCCGUAAUCCAACAUGAACUUCGUGUUGUCGCCGCUCG